UUUAUUUAUUUGCAGCUUUUUCUUUCGUGAACACCACUUUUGAAGACGUUGUUGUUUUUUAAUUAUAUAUAACAGGCCUGUAUAUAUUUUAAUCAUAAUUAUUUUUGUGUUCAAAACUACAAUGAGAGAGUGUAACUUUUUGCUGAAGUGGACGGUGAUUUUGCUGCUGAGUGUGUCCUUUUGUGCUGGUGAAGAAAGCCCGACUUCAUCAAACACUGCGAAUCCUUGUUGCUAUUACCCUUGUCAAAACCAAGGGAUCUGUGUUCGAUAUGGCCUGGACAGAUAUGAAUGUGACUGCACCAGAACGGGCUACUAUGGAGAAAAUUGCACUAUACCUGAGCUCUGGACGCGGGUCUAUCGACUCCUGAAGCCCAGUCCGAAUGUUGUCCACUACAUCCUCACUCACUUUGACUGGUUAUGGGACCUCAUCAACAGGUCGUUCCUCAGGGAUUGGCUCAUGCGGAAAGUGCUCACAGUAAGAGCCAACUUAAUCCCAAGUCCUCCAACAUACAAUUCCAGAUAUGAUUACUUGAACUGGGAGGCUUAUUCCAACAUCACCUACUACACCAGAAUCCUACCGCCGGUCCCUAACGACUGUCCUACACCCAUGGGAACCAAAGGAAAAAUUAAGCUUCCAGACCCUAAACUUCUGGUUGAGAAAUUCAUGUUAAGGCGGAACUUCAGACUGGACCCUCAGGGAACGAAUUUGAUGUUUGCAUUUUUCGCUCAGCACUUCACACACCAGUUUUUCAAGACUCACAACCGUGUGGGGCUCGGGUUCACAAAAGGUCUGGGUCACGGAGUGGAUGCUGGACACAUUUAUGGAGAUUCUCUUGAUCGCCAGCUGGAACUGCGGUUGCACAAAGACGGGAAGCUGAAGUACCAGGUGCUCAACGGUGAUAUUUACCCCCCGACGGUGCGGCAUGCACAGGUCAAAAUGAGUUACCCUCCAUCAGUCCCUCCAGAGCAGCAGUUGGCAAUCGGGCAGGAGGUGUUCGGGCUGCUGCCAGGGCUCGGCAUGUACGCUACCUUGUGGCUUCGUGAGCACAACCGUGUGUGUGAAAUCCUGAAACAAGAACAUCCAACCUGGGGUGAUGAGCAGCUCUUCCAGACCGCCAGGCUCAUCAUUAUAGGUGAGACCAUUCGUAUCGUAAUCGAAGAGUAUGUGCAGCAUCUGAGCGGCUACCGGCUGAAGCUGCACUUUGACCCCACGCUGCUCUUCAACUCACAGUUCCAGUACCAGAACCGCAUUGCAGUGGAGUUCAAUCAACUUUACCACUGGCACCCGCUCAUGCCUGACAGCUUCUACAUCGACGGAGACCACAUUCAGUACUCAAAGUUCAUAUUCAACACAUCGAUCCUCACACAUUAUGGCUUGGAGAAGCUGGUGGAGGCCUUCUCAAUACAACCCGCAGGACAGAUCGGAGGGGGUCAUAACAUUCACCCAGUGGUGUCCGGAGUUGCUGAGAGGGUCAUCGUUGAAUCGAGGGAGCUUCGACUUCAGCCGUUCAAUGAAUAUCGCAAGAGAUUCAAUCUGAAACCCUACACAUCCUUCGCAGAAUUGACAGGAGAGCAGGAAAUGUCUAAAGAGCUGGAGGAACUAUACGGACAUAUUGAUGCUAUGGAGUUCUACCCAGCUCUUCUGCUAGAGAAAACACGACCUGGUGCGGUAUUUGGUGAAAGCAUGGUGGAAAUGGGGGCCCCUUUUUCCCUAAAAGGCCUCAUGGGAAAUCCUAUCUGCUCCCCAGACUACUGGAAGCCCAGCACAUUUGGAGGCAAGACAGGCUUCGAUAUAGUAAACUCUGCUACUUUAAAGAAACUGGUGUGCCUUAAUACGAAAUGGUGCCCGUAUGUGUCUUUCCACACUCCCCCAUCAGAUUAUAAACCACAGAGGACAUCUCACGGCGAACUUUAGCAAAACGUCUGUCUGGAAUCCCGCUGAAAACACUGAACACAAAUAAAUAAGAAAUUCAAAAGCGCAAACAAGUUGUUUGUAGCAAGGUGAUUGAAGUGUAUAUUUUUGUAAGAGGUUACACUUUAUUUUAAGUCACAUUAAAUACUGUGUGCUUACAUCAAAA